AUGGUGAAGUCGGACGUACGAAGGGAUUACUAUGCGGACCUCGGGCUCCAGCCCAGCGCAGAGGCUGAAGACGUGAAGAAGCAAUUCAGAAAGCUAGCGCUCAAGUACCACCCAGACAGGAACCCAGGGCGAGAAGCCGAGUUUAACGCCAAAUUCCAAGCUAUCCAAGCUGCCAACGAAAUCCUCAGUGACCCCCAGCAACGGUUGAAAUACGACACCGAUCGUUUGCGCGCCGGCUACGGCAAGUUCUACGGACCUCCACCUACGAAGGCGAAUACCCAACGCAAAACACAACCAUCUGCGUGGCCUCGCCCGACGGCAACCCCUUCAGGCCCUCCGCCCCCGGAGUGGGCGCAUCCAAAACAGCAGACUGGACCGUCGGCCGGGGCUCGGCGAUAUGCGUCGCAUGCGCGUGCUGGUCCGCAACAAUGGCAGAAACCGCAGGACGAUGGGCAGACAAGGGCUGAUGCUUUCCGCGGAUUUUCGAAUAUGAGGGGCUCUCAUGGAUGGCAAGGAUUUGACCCUGCUACGGGUCGUGCUCCCGGUGCAGCUCCAGGCCCCGGUGCGCAGCGUCAUCCAUUUGGCAAUCCUAGGCCGAAAUCCGCAUUCGAGACCUUCCAGAAGGCAUAUUCCAAGACAGACGUUCCCAAAAAGAAGCAGGGCUUUGCGCCUGGUGCUGCUGGAGGAGAUGAGCCUAUGGCUCGUAACACUUCUGCUUAUAGCAGCAGUAGCCGAGCUGAACGACCUCGUACCCAGUACUUUGAGUCCGCUGUGCCGCCAACUGCAAAGAAACCAGCUGCUCCCGAACCGCCGCAGCCUCCGUUCAGUCCCGAGUUUGAACGGACUAGUCGUGGCUAUUCUCAGACUGGAAAGGGUGAAAGGACCUUCGUUUCUAGUACUCCGCUAGGACGAUCAGAGAGCGUGCGUACACCUUCGGGAUCCUACCAAACAAAUGCACGUAAGCCAACGACCCCUACGUCUGGUCGAUCUGGAAGACACAGGAGUGUCAGUCCCAGGCCCAGUAAGACCGCCAACAACUAUGAUUCCACCAGCGCCAGUGAGUCGGAAGACAACCAGGACAAUGAAUAUGUGCCCCGGUCAAAUGGGCCCAAACCCAAAGCGGUGCCCAAGAGCCGCCUUCGACCAAACCAAAAAGUUUCCGAUAUGUACCGCCAGGAACGACCAGGCCCCGGAACCGGACACACCUCGGAUAGCGCAGCAUUCCCCAAAGGGUCGAACAGGGCAGAUCAGCAAUACCAACCUGCGGGUUCCCCCUCUACGGCUAAGAAUGACCCGCCAACACCAAAGGAGCGUCCUCAAUCUACAACAUUCGGGCGUAGCAGCACAAAUGACUUGCACAAGAAGUUCUCCGCCGAAGACUGGCGGGAACAUUUGGGCCAGUUUGACCUAUUCGGCUCGGCUUCGACAAGCACAAGCAAGGAAUCACUGCCAAGAUCACCAAACUCGCAGACUCGAGGACGCACAAAUAAUCGACGAGGUACACAGACGUCAACUGGGUCACCUUUGCCCAAUCCCUUCGGUCCUACUCCUUUCCAUCAACCCACAUCACCCCAACAGCAGCAGCAACCUACUCCCUUUGCCCAGGCAAAGUUCUCCGCGGACUCGUGGGCUGAGUCAUUACGAAAUAUGACAUGGGCCCCAGCGCCUGAGAACGUUCGGCAAGCAAAACCUCCUCAGUCUCGGAGCCCUAAGAAGCAACCCAGGGCUACCAAGUUGCGCAGUCAUCCACAGCCAGCGAAUGUGACAACUGAGGCGGAUGAGGCAGAGGAAACGAUCAAUGGCGAGGGUUCUACCCAGCCAAACGGCACAGCAACACCAGAUGUUGAAGCAAUGGAUCUAGACGAUGACCUCCCCACGCCUCCAGAUAUUCCGUGUGUACCAGGAAAAGUUUCCGUUGACGGAUCAGAUGGCCCAAGCUCUACCAGUGCAAGCUAUCCCGACCUGGGCUCUCACGCGCCGGAUGCACCUCCAGUCAAGAAGACCAAAACUCCGCCAAAAGCAGAAGCAUCCGCAGCAAAUGCAGACGCCCGCGCCCCUCUCUUCAACCUCGAAAAUCUCCGCAACACCGUCCCCUUCUCUAGCACAACCGGCGGAGGCAUCGAGAACCUAGAAGACGUCCACGCCACCCUCCCGUUCGAGUCCCAAGCCAAGCAGCAAACCACCACCAAACGCGAUAUCAAACCCCGAGAACUCCAGCUCCCAAACCCACCCAGACGACCCUGGGCUCCCAAACCCGCACCCCUCGACCCAACUUCUACACAAAUCGUCCUCUCCCGCGAUAAAUGGCAGUGGUACGUCUCCGCGAUGGGAACAUACAUGCACGAAUGGAACGCAUUCAACCGCCGCAUGCUGAAGCACUUCAACGCUCGCCAGGAAGCGAACGAAACAGGCCUGGCUCCAGGCUGGAUUAGUGCCGUCGGUGACUCAUCACGCCUGAAAAUCAAUGGCGCAGACGAUGACGAUAGCAAUGGUGCAAAUGCCAAGACGAAGAUUCGUGAAGAUGCAGAUGAUCUUGAUGAGUUCCUUGUUCCUGGAUCCUCGAAGGGUGGCUUUAGUGCUUAUCUGAGGGGUGUCGAGGAGGAUAUCCAGGUGCGGAAGCAUUGGGAUGUUGCUUGUGAGCUGCAUCGUGAGUGUAUACUGGAUCUUGGGCGGUUGAGGGAGUGGAUUCGGAAUGGGGGGAAGGUUGUUUAG